AUGGCGUAUCCUCAAACGACCUUUUCCCAUACGAGCUUUUCCUCGCCCACUUUCAUCAGCCGGCGGCGUGAGGUGGUAUAUUCGACCACUUUGCUGUACCAGCUGAAUGUUCUAAAGUCGACUGGUCGCUAUCAUGCCUUCAAAUUAGAAUGGCAUCCGUGCUACCGCGAUAAACCCGACGUGUGGCCUGUCCCCAACCAUCUCUUCUGGGAUUCAGAUGUUGCUAAAUGGAUAGAAGGCGCCUGUUAUUUCCUCCUGUGCGAGGAAAAUCCCACCAUCAAUGGUGCGGUGAAGGAGUUGGUUGCUAUGAUCCGGUCUGCUCAGCAAGCGGAUGGGUAUCUGAAUAUCCAUUUUACCGUCGUUGAACCUACUAAGCGGUUUACGAAUCUGAGAGAUCUUCAUGAACUGUACAAUGCCGGUCACUUGAUCGAAGCGGCGCUAGCCCACACCCAAUGUUAUGGAAAUGACUUGCUGAUGGAACCCGUUCUCAAAUACGUGGAUCUGCUAUGCGCAACUUUUGGGCCGGGGCCAGAGCAGAAACAUGGGUACCCGGGCCACCCAGAGAUCGAGCUGGCAUUGCUUCGUCUGUACGGAGAAAGGAAGAAUCCUAAGCACUUGGCUUUGGCCGAGUACUUUAUAGCUGAGAGAGGAAACCCGACGGGGCAGGAUGGGCGCCAUUACUAUGAUGUAGAGACAGAAGCCAGGGGGGACAGAGAACACGAACGACCCGUUUACUAUCCUAAAAGUAGAUCGUACUGGUAUCAACAAGCACACGAACCCAUUGUAAACCAACAAACCAUCGAGGGACAUUCAGUGCGAGCCAUGUAUCUCCUCACGGCUGUAGCGGACUUGGUCCGUAUCCAGGGCCCCUCGAGCCCAAAAUCUGCAGAUAGAACGAAUGCUCUGCAGCGCCUCUGGCGAAACAUGACAGAAAAGAAAAUGUACCUGACCGGAGGCAUUGGCGCGCAGAAACAGUGGGAAGGUUUCGGGAUCGACUAUUUCCUACCAUCUAGCACUGAUGAAGGGGGGUGUUACGCAGAGACCUGUGCAGCUAUUGGGGUCAUGAUGCUCGCUGAAAGACUUCUUCAACUGGACUUGGAUGGAAAAUAUGCGGAUAUCAUGGAGCUCUGCUUCUACAACGCGGUCAUGACCGGUAUGGCAUCCAACGGAAAGCAAUUCACCUACAUCAACCAGCUCGCAUCCAGCGAUUCCGACUUGUCCAGACGAGCGGAGUGGUUCACUUGCGCGUGCUGCCCUCCAAACGUCACAAGACUCUUGGGGUACAUUGGUGGAUACCUCUGGUCGUUCCGCGUAGACGAGAACGAGAAAUCCCAAUCCGUCGCUGUAGAUAUCCACAUGUACUCCUCUGCCACCCUCUCGAUACCAAUAAAUGACAGCGUGGUGGAAAUCGAGCAAGACUCCAACUGGCCAUGGGAAGGAAAGAUUGAGUUUACAAUCCGUAACCCUACGGACGUAGCAAUGACCAUCAAACUGCGAAUCCCGGCCUGGGCUACCACUUGGCAGCUCUCCCCACCUCUCCCAAACGCCCACACCAGCAAAGGCUACAUUUCCCUCACCCCCGCCUAUCUAAACGCCCACCCAACCUUCCACCUAGAAAUCCCCCUCCUCGCACGCUUCAUCUCACCGCACCCAUACACGAACCAGCCCAUCAUCGCACUAGCCCGCGGACCCAUCGUAUACUGCGUUGAAGAUUUCGACAACCCGUGGGUAGACGACCAUUUCAAAUCUCUGGUCCUCGAUCCCUCAUCCCGCGUGGCAGAAAACACAGUAACAAUGCUGAGCUCUACGCCGAAAGUGGGAGAGGGAGAGACAGAGGCAGAGUCGUAUGUAGGCUUAACAGCCCAUAAUGCCGCUGUCCAAAUGCUUGAAGACGAAAAUGAUGAACAUGAACAGCUAGCACCACACCAUAUACCGCUUGUACAUGCUUCUGAUUCUUCUUCCACUCCGCAGACACAGCAACAGCAACAGCGACCUGGUAUGGAGCAACUGCAUUUCAUACCCUACGCGCUGCGGGAUAAUCGAGGGGGCAAGGGACACAUGCGCGUGGGAAUCAGGAGGAAACUGUAA